CACAGCCACAGUUUUUCUAAUAGUAUUGCAAAAAACUUUAAACAGAACAAACGUGCGAAUAAAAAUAUUAAAAAUCUGUCGCUAAAUUUGAAUAAUAAUAAGAAAAGUUAAAUAUUUCAUUUAUUAAAUUAAUAUUGCAAAAAAAAACUCAAAAUAAUAUGGAACGCUGGCAAAAUAAAAUCGCUGUGGUGACAGGUGCCAGUUCGGGUAUUGGUGUAGCCAUUGUUAAGGAUCUUCUCAAAAAUGGCCUGCAAGUAGUGGGUUUAGCUAGACGUGUCGAACGUGUUGAGGAUAUUAAAAAGGAAUUGCCGAAAAAUUUGCAAACCAGAUUGACAGCCCUAAAAUGUGAUGUUUCCAGUUUGAAAUCGGUAAAUGAAGCAUUCGAUAAAAUUGUCUCGCAUUUUGGUGGCGUAGAUAUUCUAGUUAAUAAUGCUGGUUGCAUGAAACUGGGACAAUUAUCCACCAUGAAUGUCGCUGAUGUGGAACAAGUUUUGCAAACAAAUGUCAUGGGUGUUGUAUAUUGUACUCAGCGUGCGUUCAAAUCGAUGAAAGAACGUAAUUUUAAUGGUCAUGUAGUGCUCAUCAAUAGUAUAGCUGGUCAUAAUGUUGUUAGUAGUAUUGAUGGUCAAGCACCACAAUUUAAUAUCUAUCCACCAAGUAAAUUUGCCAUAACCGCCAUUACGGAAAUCUAUAGACAGGAGUUUAAAGGAUUGGGAACAAAGAUUAAAGUUACUAGCAUUAGUCCUGGUGCUGUGGAUACUGAGAUUAUAGAUGAUAAUUUCAAAUCUAUUUUACAAGGCACUAUUUUGAAAUCGGAGGAUAUUGCUUCCGGCGUUUUGUAUGCUAUUUCCACGCCACCUCAUGUACAGAUUCACGAAAUGAUCAUUAAACCAGUGGGUGAAAGGUUUUAAGUGGAUUUUUUAACUCUUUAUGAAAUUCAAAUGAAAUAAAAAUAUAUUUUUAAAAUCCAA